AUGAGUAGAAGAGCGCUUGAAGAUUGUCAUGGGACUUCCGAAGAAGAUGCGAAUUACAUGGAAUGGUAUCAAGAGUAUGCUCAUCCUUAUGCGGAAAAUUUGGAUCCGGAGGUGCAGAGACAUUUCAAGAAUGCAGAAAAAGAGAGUUCAAAAUCAAAGGAAUCAAUGAAUGAAGAACAUGAUUGGGAGAAGAUGGUGGUCGAACGAAUUAAUUGGGGUAGUCAAGGACAUCACCCAUACCCCCCCCCCCACCGUGAGCAAGUUCAAUCUAAGCAAGGAAAAGGCGCUCGAGGUGGUAGAGGUGAAAAAGGUGGUCGUGGUGAAAAAGGUGGUCGUGGUGGAACAAGUGAAAAAGGUGGCCGUGCUGGAACAAGUGCUCGAGGUGGACGUGGUGGAGGUAAAAAGAUUCCAAUUCAAGGUGGCAGCGGUCGAUGUAAAAAUCUAGAGUUGUAG